GUGCUGCUGCCACAGGAGAUAUUUUUGCAUUACAAAGACGCAGUUCUAAAAAUGCAGAGCAGGUAGUUAAGAGCCUGGGGGAUGGAAAAGGCAGGAGCAUCAUCAGCCAGCUGGGGGAUGACCUGAUUCCCUAGAAUCCCCAGUCCUCUUCUUCUUUCCUCCCAACAUCCUUCCUUCCCUUUUUCUCGCCCCCCCCCCUUUCCCUUCCCCAGAUAAGCAGCUCCGGGAAACAAAGAGCUGGGCUCUCCAGACCUCAGCGUUGGAACCUAGGGCUCUCUGAGAAGCAUCUCAUUUCGGGGACCAGGGCUCUCGAGCUCUGUGUCCCCUCCCCAACCUCCCCCGCCUCCCUUGCUUGCUCGCUGCUCCCUCCCUGCUCGCUGCCUCCCCCAUCAUAGCAGCGCUGGGAGGAAGGCGGCCAGGGCUCAAGAUGGCUUUAGCCAGGCUCUGCGCCCUGUUCGCCUGCUGCUGGGGGCCGGCUGCGGUGCUGGCCACAGCUGCCGGCGACGCGGAUCCAUCCAAGGAGCUGGAGUGCAAGCUCAAGAGCAUCACUGUGUCGGCGCUGCCCUUCCUGCGCGAGAACGACCUGAGCAUCAUGCACAGUCCCUCGGCCUCGGAACCCAAGCUCCUCUUCUCUGUGCGCAAUGACUUCCCUGGAGAAAUGGUCGUAGUGGACGACCUAGAGAACACGGAGCUACCCUACUUCGUGCUGGAGAUCUCAGGGAAUACGGAGGACAUCCCUCUGGUGCGCUGGAGGCAGCAAUGGCUGGAGAAUGGUACUUUGCUUUUUCACAUCCAUCACCAAGAUGGCGCUCCAAGUCUCCCUGGACAAGACCCAACAGAAGAACCCCAACAUGAGUCAGCAGAAGAGGAACUAAGGAUCCUACACAUCUCAGUCAUGGGUGGCAUGAUCGCUCUGCUGCUAUCCAUCUUGUGCCUGGUGAUGAUCCUGUAUACUCGCAGGCGCUGGUGCAAACGUCGUCGCGUGCCCCAGCCCCAGAAGAGUGCCAGUGCGGAGGCAGCCAAUGAGAUCCAUUACAUUCCGUCUGUGCUGAUUGGCGGCCACGGGCGAGAAAGUUUGCGCAAUGCCCGAGUGCAGGGACACAACUCCAGUGGCACCCUAAGCAUCCGGGAGACACCCAUCCUGGAUGGCUAUGAGUAUGACAUCACAGACCUGCGUCACCAUCUGCAGAGGGAGUGCAUGAAUGGAGGGGAGGACUUUGCCAGUCAGGUCACACGUACCUUGGACUCUCUUCAGGGCUGCAAUGAGAAGUCUGGGAUGGACCUCACACCAGGAAGUGACAAUGCCAAGUUGUCCCUGAUGAACAAGUAUAAAGACAAUAUCAUAGCCACGAGCCCCGUGGAUUCCAACCACCAGCAAGCCACUCUGCUCUCCCACACCUCCAGUAGCCAAAGAAAAAGGAUCAACAACAAAGCAAGAGCUGGUUCCGCCUUCUUGAACCCUGAGGGGGACUCUGGCACUGAGGCAGAAAAUGACCCGCAGCUGACCUUUUAUACGGACCCCUCUCGGAGCCGGAGGCGCAGUCGAGUGGGCUCUCCCCGAAGUCCUGUGAAUAAGACCACCCUGACCCUGAUCAGCGUCACCAGCUGUGUGAUUGGCCUCGUGUGCUCCUCUCACGUCAGCUGCCCUCUUAUUGUCAAAAUCACCCUUCAUGUCCCCGAGCACCUGAUCGCUGAUGGGAGCCGCUUCAUCCUGCUGGAGGGAAGCCAGCUGGAUGCCAGUGACUGGCUGAACCCUGCCCAAGUGAUUCUCUUCUCGCAGCAGAACUCCAGUGGGCCCUGGGCCAUGGACCUCUGUGCCCGGCGGCUCCUGGACCCUUGUGAACACCAAUGUGACCCCGAAACUGGUAGGCGGGAGCACCGGGAAGCGGGGGAAUGUCUGUGCUACGAAGGUUACAUGAAGGAUCCUGUCCACAAGCAUCUUUGCAUUCGGAACGAAUGGGGAACAAACCAGGGGCCUUGGCCUUACACAAUAUUUCAGCGAGGCUUUGACCUGGUUUUGGGAGAGCAGCCUUCUGAUAAAAUAUUCAGAUUUACCUACACUCUUGGGGAAGGCAUGUGGUUGCCCCUCAGUAAAAGCUUCGUGAUUCCACCAGCUGAACUGGCCAUAAAUCCAUCAGCAAAGUGUAAGACCGACAUGACUGUGAUGGAAGAUGCUGUGGAGGUCAGAGAGGAGCUGAUGACAUCAUCAUCCUUUGACAGCUUGGAAGUUCUCUUAGACUCCUUUGGGCCAGUGCGUGAUUGCAGCAAAGAUAACGGAGGCUGCAGUAAGAAUUUCCGCUGCAUUUCAGAUCGCAAGCUGGACUCUACUGGUUGUGUGUGCCCGUCAGGACUCAGCCCUAUGAAGGACAGCUCAGGCUGCUAUGACCGCCACAUCGGCGUGGACUGCUCUGAUGGUUUCAACGGAGGCUGCGAACAGCUGUGUCUCCAGCAGAUGGCGCCUUUUCCAGAUGACCCCACCUUGUACAACAUCCUCAUGUUCUGCGGGUGUAUCGAAGACUACAAGCUUGGGGUGGAUGGACGAUCUUGCCAACUUGUCACGGAGACCUGCCCAGAGGGCGGUGACUGUGUGGAAAGCAGAGAGGUCUCCAUGAACCAGACUCUCUUUGGGGAAAUGUUCUUUGGUUACAACAACCAGUCCAAGGAAGUAGCUGCUGGACAGGUGCUAAAAGGAACAUUCAGACAAAACAACUUUGCUCGGGGUUUAGACCAGCAACUGCCAGAUGGUCUUGUGGCUGCCACUGUCCCACUGGAGAACCAGUGUCUAGAGGAAAUCUCGGAGCCCACCCCUGACCCUGACUUCCUGACUGGGAUGGUGAACUUCAGUGAAGUGUCUGGAUACCCUGUACUACAGCACUGGAAAGUUAGGUCUGUGAUGUACCACAUCAAACUCAAUCAAGCAGCCAUCUCUCAGGCCUUCAGCAAUGCGCUCCACUCCUUGGAUGGGGCCACAUCUCGUGCAGAUUUCGUGGCCUUCUUGGAUCAGUUUGGCAACCAUUACAUCCAGGAAGCUGUCUAUGGCUUUGAGGAAUCCUGUUCUAUAUGGUACCCAAAUAAGCAAGUUCAACGGCGACUCUGGCUGGAAUAUGAAGAUAUCAGUAAAGGCAACUCCCCAUCUGAUGAGUCGGAGGAGCGGGAAAGGGAGCCCAAGGUGCUGACAUUCCCAGAAUACAUCGCUAGCCUGUCAGACUCUGGCACCAAGCGUAUGGCAGCUGGAGUCCGAAUGGAGUGCCAGAGCAAGGGACGAUGUCCCUCAUCUUGUCCUUUGUGUCAUGUGACAUCCAGCCUUGAAACCCCUGCUGAACCAGUCCUGCUGGAAGUGACCAGAGCAUCCCCCAUCUAUGAACUGGUGACCAAUAACCAGACCCAGAGGCUCUUACAGGAGGCCACCAUGAGCUCUCUCUGGUGCUCAGGGACUGGAGAUGUCAUCGAGGACUGGUGUCGAUGUGACUCCACUGCUUUCGGAGCAGACGGCCUCCCCACCUGUGCACCACUCCCACAGCCUGUGCUGAGACUUUCCACGGUACACGAACCCAGCAGCACCCUCGUGGUCCUGGAGUGGGAACAUUCAGAGCCACCCAUUGGAGUGCAGAUCGUAGAUUACCUGAUCCGUCAAGAGAAAGUCACGGACCGGAUGGACCACUCCAAAGUCGAGACAGAAACAGUGCUGAGCUUUGUAGAUGACAUCAUCUCUGGAGCGAAGGCUCCCUGUGCCAUGCCAUCUCAGGUGCCAGACAAGCAGCUCACCACCAUUUCUCUCAUUAUCCGAUGCCUGGAACCUGACACCAUUUACAUGUUCACCCUCUGGGGAGUGGACAACACAGGGCGACGCUCCAGGCCAAGUGAUGUGAUUGUGAAGACGCCAUGUCCUGUGGUGGAUGAUGUCAAAGCCCAAGAAAUAGCAGACAAGAUCUACAAUCUCUUCAAUGGCUACACCAGUGGCAAGGAGCAACAGACUGCCUACAACACCCUUCUGGAUCUGGGUUCCCCCACUUUGCAUCGAGUCCUCUACCACUAUAACCAGCACUACGAGAGUUUUGGGGAAUUCACCUGGCGGUGUGAGGAUGAAUUAGGUCCCAGGAAAGCAGGCCUCAUCCUUUCUCAGCUUGGAGACCUGAGCAGCUGGUGCAAUGGACUGCUUCAGGAGCCCAAGAUAACCCUGCGGCGCGCUGCACUCAAGUACCUGGGCUGCCGGUACAGUGAGAUCAAGCCCUAUGGACUGGACUGGUCCGAGCUCAGCCGGGACCUCAGGAAAACCUGUGAGGAACAGACCUUGAGCGUCCCCUACAAUGACUAUGGGGACAGCAAGGACAUCUAACGCCGCGGGGCCUGGGAGUGGCUGCCAAAAUAAAGCAGGAGAGAAGAGGGGGACAUCUGGGUGGGUUUGUGGAUUUUUAGACAUUUUUUAAAAUGGGACAUCCAAAGCUCCACAGGUACCUUCUAAACCAGGAAGAGAGUAACCCUUGCUCCCUGCAGGACUUGUCCAGUGUGAUAACCUCCAUCUGCAUGGUCACUCAUCCUGACUGACAGUAGCUUCAUGCAGCACCAUUUUGUUUCCUUAGAAGAUUACCUUGAAACUCAUUUUCGCAUUUAUUUGUUUCAGUCACUUGUUUUUCUUCAAGAAAUUCACCGGGAUGCUUAAGUGCUCCACCGUGCUGCCCAUGAAAGGUCAAAGGUGGGGGUGCUUCUAUUAGAGUUCCCAGUGGCAGCUGGGAACGGAAGUGAAAGCAUAAAUCUUCACCUGCCUGGUGCCUCUGCUCUGGCAUUUCUUAGGAAGCCUUGGAAUGCUGGGAGCCCAAUCAUGCACUGAAGAAGAUAACGAGGUGGCCCAUGCCUGUUUCUCAUGGGUUUUCGCCCAGGCUCCCUUGUUGCUAUCUCCAGACCUCACAGGUGAACCCAGGUUCUGCUAGGGGUCCAGCCUUACUGAGUUUUAGGUCUUCCCUUCUCCAUGUUGAGCCAGGACCAGAAUUGCUGGUAGAUUUCCAUCCUUUCUUCUAAACAACAUGAUCUUUGAGAGGCAGUGCGAUACCGCCUGCCAAAUCUAGGUCCAGAGAGGCCUACCUGCAAGACUACUCGGCAGACCCCUUUGCAGGAGAUAAGUGGAGUUUGUUUAAAAAUAUUUAUACUCUCUGAAACUACAAACAGAGACCUAAGAGCCUUGAUUCUGUUUGGUCCUGGGCUUGACUGAUGUUUGGUUUCAUCCGGGAAUGAGAUUCUUUCCCGUCAGUGUUUCAGUGAACUAAAGCUCUUAUCAAUCUGAAAAGCGCUUCUCUCCACACUCCUCUUACUAAAUUUUCUGAAUCAUAUUGUAAUUUUUGACAGUCCUUUCUCCGAUGUCAAUCAGCUGGCUUCUGACCAGAGCAUCUGGCGAUCAUGCUCAGUAGGGACUGAGGUCCCGUUUGCACUCACUGCCCGGAAGUGGGAUGGUGACUCAGCUAUCAGGAAGACUAGCUUUGUGGGUCCAGGUCAACUAGCAAUGACCCAAUGUAAUUCAGCCAGCUUGCCUUCCCUGGAAGUCUCCCUACGGAAACACAUGACAUGGGUCUGGAAGACUCUACAGUGCGGUCACCGAGCCUUAUUCGUGCUGUCCAAUUAGGGAUAGUGACAGACAAUAUUGAUUAGCUGCUCUGUGAUGGGCACUACUCUAAACAUUUUACUGAAUUCUGAACCUCCUAAGGAAAGAUCUAUUCUUUUCUACCUUUGUGUGAUGAGCAAUGCAGGCAGGAAGGUGACGCAAGGUUCCCCAGGUCCCUCAUACACUAGAUUCCCUGAGCUACGGGAUGAGCUCAGUGUCUCCAGAGCACAGUACUUUAACCACUCUGUGUUGCCUAAAGCACACAGCUGCCCAACCAAGCACUAAGCUCCACAGGGAACCCACCCAGAGCUUUACCUUCCUAAGGAACCACGUACAGAUGUGCCCCUCACGCAACAGAAAGGGAGAUUGCCAAAGUACACCCAUAACCUUUGGAGUCGGGGUGCAUUUGGUGUUCUCAGCACGGCAGCACCCUGGCUUCCCCCUGUGAGUGGGGAGGAUUUAUCUUGUUCAUUUUGCCUCACAGAUUCCCUAACUUUUAGAACAAAGUACAGAUGAAAACUUGACUGUCUCUCCCACGGCCAGUGUAUGAGCUUUAAUAAAAGGGCAGCCAAGGGCAAUCUGUUCACCAUUGCCAGAUAAGAGGAUGCUGUGGACCCGUAUGGUAGGGUGUGUACAUCUCCUUACUGCUGUUUUUUUCUUUCCAUUCUUCUCUUUAACUCUAUGAUGAAAAUGGUGUCUUGAUUUUGAACAGAAGGAUAAUGAGGCUGCCGAUACCAUCCAGCCCUGUUGGAGAUAGGAGCUUAUAGACUCAGGAGGGAAGACAAGGAGUGGGGUUAAGAUUAUUACUCUGACCAGGCGGUGGUGGCGCACGCCUUUAAUCCCAGCACUUGGGAGGCAGAGGCAGACAGAUCUAUGUUGAGUUCAAGACCAGCCUGGUCUACAAGAGCUAGUUCCAGGACAGGGUCCAAAGCUACAGAGAAACCCUGUCUCAAAAAACAAAACAAAACAAAACAAAAACAACAAAAAAGAUUAUUACUCUGUUGCCUCCCCCAUUUUGUUUUCCUCCAGGCACACCUUCCUCCUCUCUUUUAUCCUUAUGCUCUUCUCUCCAAAGCCCUUCCACCUCCUACAUGAAUCUGUUAUCAUCUCUCUCUUUCUCCUCCUUCGCUUACCCUUGACUGCCUAUUCUUUCAAUCUGCUCUUGUGUUCUCCUCUCUUCAAAUGUAUGAUCAGGUAUACACACCCUCACUCCCAAACACUACGUAUGCAACUCCUAUGACUGGUGCAAUGUAAUUUUGAGUUUAAAAGUUCAACAUGAAUGGGUUAGGGGUAGUCUUGAGAUGGUUAUAGAUGUGGCUGGAGGACUUUUGCCUUCAGAAAGAUAAGGAUUACACACUGCCAGCCAUUCUCAGUUCUUGCCUGGAGGAACUCUCUAGAAAAGCUAAUGCAAUCAAGCCAGUAUUAAACCUCAUUUCCAAGCUGCCAAACAGAUCUUAAGGGAGCCACUUCCAUCCACCUAAAUGCCUCCAGUUCCUUGUCAAACUGGGACCUCUAUUGUUUCUUCUUGAAUGCACACAAACCACUGUAUAGCAUCAGAACCUUAACUGAGUGUGCAAUUGUUUCUCUUGAAGUUUGAUCCAUUCAUUAUUUUUAAUUAACUGCACUCCUUGAUAUUCAAAUGUUCUAUUAAAAACUUAAGUGUGAAAAACACUGCACUACUGUAGAAGGAAGAGAUGGUACAAUGUGACCAACUUCAACUAUAACAGUGUUGUUUAAGAGAAUUACUGUACGAUUAUGAGAAACGAAGUAAUCGAGUAAAUAAUAAACAAAGCUGUCAGCAGGUGUUGAGUGUGUGGAUAUUGCCUCAUGUCGUCCCAUCAACUGAGCAAUCAUGGUGGCCUACCAGUGAAUUAAAGUUCUAAGUGUUAUAAUUCAUAUUCCAAAUACCUAGGCUUUGAAGCCAUUGUCUUAACUAGAAAAUAAAAUGGUUUCCACAGA